AUGGCGGACGUUGAUGUUGAAGAAAAGGAGCCGUUUGAGAUGACUCAAGACCAAGAUGCAAUAUCAAUCUCGUCAGUUUCUUCAUCGGAAGAGGACAAUCAAGAACUUGAGGAAAAAGAACUUCCUUUCGAAAUUAUCAACGGAAUACCGAUGUAUCAGAAGAACCAUGUUUUAGAUAGACGUUGCCAGAUUUAUGAACGUAUAGGCUGGGACGAUCGAGUUGGUGCUACUUAUUUAGCUACAGCACCUGAUGGAAAGGAGUUGGUGCUACGGGUUGGAAACGAGCAUAUACUUAUCCCUCAGCUAGAAGCAUCGUUUCUCUGCAAGGUUGAACAACAAAACUUGUGGCGCAUGUUCUCGCAGGUUCACUCUAUUUGGAAAGAAGAAAACUUCUACUUCCUUGCUUUGUAUUUUCGCACCGGACCAUUGCUUAGCCAAUGUUUCGCACAUUGCGGAAGUAAGUUUAGCCACGGGACUGCUGGACGACUGGCUCUUGAUAUUUUGAAGAUUAUACGUGCAGUACAUAACCUUGGUUAUUUGAUUCGAGCAAUUAAUCCAGAGAUGUUUCACUUUGAUGCUUGCUCACGUCAUCUAUUUUUGGCCGAUCUGUCAACAAUUCGAAAGGAUACUUCCAAAGGAGGAACACAAAAGCACGAGUUAAUCAUGCCUCACUGGUGUGGCGGUUUACUAUUUGCUCCAAUGACGUACCAUGACGAAGACCCAAUUUCAUGUCGAGAUGAGCUCGAAGCGUGGUUUUAUCUAUUCUUGUAUCUUACCAAAGGCUCCCUACCUUGGGAAAAAGAUCGCUAUGACGACGUGAAAUGGACUAAGAUCCAAACGAUCAACAAUGGAGAACUUUUUCAAGGACUUCCAUCACAAUACCACGAACUUCUUGAUGUUAUCACUCAUAAGUCAUCAGCAGACCCUGUGUCGGACUACGAAUACAAAAAACUCGAACUGAUCACAACCGAAAUCUACCGCGACAUUGGUGGAGUCCAAAGCGAUGACGACAAUAUGGACUUUGAACGUGAUCCGACCGAGGACGAAAUACCGAGAUUUAUCGUCGAAAAAAAACCUGUCAAUGCCGAAAAUUAUGAAGAUGCGACACAGUCUAGUUGCUCCGAAGAAGAGAAUACAGCAGGCGAAUGCGAAAACUAG